CGCAAAAGUCAGAUGUAGCUCGUGCGCCGUCCGCCGUAUUCAGAGUCUCUUGGAUUUAGCUUCACAUUUCAGCAUUAACCUAGUUAACAUUACAGUUGGAAUAUGGAUGCUACAAUUUAUCAAAUAAUCUUCGGGGAGUUUGGUGACCCAAACUGUAGUCUAAUGGAUGCCUUUCAAGACACCUUUUAUGAAAACGCAUCGUUCUCCUUAAUGAACAUCGAUGGUUCAUAUUGCAAUGCUACCACCGACGAGAUUGGAACAUGUUGGCCAAGGAGCAACACCGCGCGGAUAGUGGAGAGACCAUGCCCGGAGUACAUCAAUGGGGUGAAGUACAACACCACAAGAAAUGCCUACAGAGAAUGCAUGGAUAAUGGGACAUGGGCACUGAAGAGCAAUUACUCCAGUUGUGAACCCAUUCUGGAGGAGAAGAGAAAAUAUCCAAUGCAUUAUAAGAUCGCUCUAAUCAUCAACUACUUAGGUCAUUGCAUUUCUGUGGGGGCUCUUGUUGUGGCCUUCAUUCUCUUCUUAUGCUUAAGGAGCAUAAGAUGCCUUCGAAACAUAAUCCACUGGAACUUGAUAACCACCUUCAUUUUAAGGAACGUUAUGUGGUUUUUGCUUCAGUUGAUUGACCACAAUAUUCAUGAGAGCAAUGAGCCCUGGUGUCGCCUUAUUACUACAAUCUAUAAUUACUUUGUGGUGACCAAUUUCUUCUGGAUGUUUGUUGAAGGAUGCUACCUUCACACAGCCAUUGUCAUGACUUACUCCACAGACAAGCUCAGAAAAUGGGUCUUCCUUUUCAUUGGAUGGUGUAUUCCGUGUCCUAUAAUUGUAGCUUGGGCCAUUGGGAAGCUGUACAAUGAAAAUGAACAAUGCUGGUUUGGGAAAGAACCUGGAAAGUAUAUUGACUACAUCUAUCAAGGACCAGUUAUCCUUGUCCUUCUGAUAAACUUCGUUUUCCUCUUCAACAUAGUAAGAAUACUUAUGACCAAAUUAAGAGCGUCCACCACAUCAGAAACAAUACAGUACAGGAAAGCGGUGAAAGCGACCCUAGUGUUGCUGCCUCUGCUGGGGAUAACCUACAUGCUCUUCUUUGUGAAUCCUGGGGAGGAUGACAUUUCACAAAUAGUUUUUAUUUAUUUCAAUUCCUUUCUACAGUCGUUUCAGGGUUUUUUUGUUUCAGUGUUUUAUUGCUUUCUGAAUGGGGAGGUGCGAUCUGCGGCCAGGAAAAGAUGGCAUCGUUGGCAGGACAACCAUGCCCUCCGAGUGCGAGUGGCACGGGCCAUGUCCAUCCCCACUUCUCCUACAAGGAUCAGUUUCCACAGCAUCAAGCAGACCACUGCUGUGUGAUCUUGGGAGUCGCCCAAUAACCUCAAGAAGGAUCCCCAAAUCCCCUGUCAUCUGACAGGACCAGAGAAACCAUUCUACACCAGAGAACCAUUCUAUAAACAUCUAUUCAUUUAUGGACAAACUGCAUACAGAGAUAGAUCGCUUGGAGGAAGAUAAGACCCUUGUCUGCGACAAGUCAGGAGAAUACAGUUCCAUUUGUAAGACCAAACCUUCAUUUAAACUGAAUUGAGAAACAAGACACAAGUAUUUACUGACAGUGUGAUUGAAAUGUUUUUUUCAUGUUUCAAUGUAUCAGGUUGUGCUUUUGUAGUUAAAUGCAUCUGAACUUUACAUGUCCACCAUGAGAUAGUAGAAGCAAUAGAGACCAUUCAUUUUAUGCUUCAGUUCAGUUUGAUGCCUCCAGGAUGAGACUAAAAUUUUCCAGAACUAGUAUUGCUCCUCGUAAUUGCAUUCCAUGAGUGUUGUGAACUAAAAAUACUAAUUUUAGAAUUUGUUUUGCAGCAUCUGAAAUGAUAUAGGCCUAGUGUGUUUUGACAAGGCUGCUACAUUUGUUCAAUGACAAUGUCACCCCAUGAGUCCUCCAACUGUGGGGAUGUUUUCAGUUACUUUUGGUUGAAACACCAAGCUCUGAUGUUUAUCUUCAUUAUAUGUACUGUACUUGUGUCUUUCCAUGUGAACUCCAGAAGGUUGUAUUCUGUGGAUGAGAAGCCACAAAUCAAAGUUGUUUUGAAAGUGGUUUCAUUUCUCAUUUGAUCUUAUGUUGUAUGCAAAUGUAGUGAUAGAACUGUGAUUCCAAAACAUUUCACCAAACAUUUCACAGUUUGGUGUUAUUGUCUGAGUGAGAACAUAGAUCAGUGAGUAUGUUUACAUGCACAAUAAUAAUCAGAUAUUAAAGUAAUUAUGGCCAGGAGUAAUAAUAUAGUCGGGAAACACCUUUUGCUGCUCACUUUAUAUAAUCAGACAAAAGAUUAUUAUUGGGGUAAGAACACUAUUGAUUCAUGUUAUUAAUCCCAGUAAUAUAAUUAUCAUGUGCAUAUUAACAUACUCAGAACUGAAUAGAUCCAAAGCAGUUAAAGCCAAGACCAAGUUACAACUGAUCUAGAUUCAAUCUGUCAGUCCUUAACUCUUGUGGAUACUGGUGUUGUGCCCUUAAUCAGCAUCAGUACUAUGUGGGUUGUACAGGAGGCAAGUGCUAGAUGAUGGUGAGCUCUAUUUGGCUUCCUUAAUGCUUGCCUGGCCAGGUCAACAUGCCAAGCACAGCUGGUAACGACAGCUACAAGCCUGGGUGUUCUCCCCCUCCUGACCCACUUCAGGGCAGUGUUAAGAUCCAGCCAUUUAAACAAACAGGGCUGUUCUGAAAACAAUAUCUAACUUUGAGAAUUAGUAGGACACGCCUUUCAGCCUUUCUUUGACUACAAAUUCCAGAGAGAUUGGUAGAAGACACUCCACAGGAAGAAACUGUGUUCAUCCAUAUAAUUGGACCUUUCAAAUGUGCUGAAUUUUUUAAGAGAUUUAUAAUUUACUCUUGACCUAUACAUCUGACAAAAUACUAACUUGGAAUGUGUAUUAAUGAUAUAAUGUUGCACAGUAAUUAGAUACAGAUUCAACCAAUUCAAGUAUGAAUGAUCCUUGGAACUUUAUCACAUGCACAAUUGUGCCCAAGUGGAUUUCAGUUAUAGGUGUUUAAUAAUUAACUGCACCUGGUGAUUUGUAACUGACAAACUCGACACCAAAUGUUUCUGUUAUCAUUUGUAACAGUAAAAUUAUAUGGUAUUAUCAAUUGUCUUGACAGAGGAUAUUAAAGGUAUCAGUAUUUUUGCCAUCUUU